AUGAAAACCCCGCCGCAGGUGCCGGAAGAUAAGAAGAAGCCCGAAAAGGACAGCCACGAGCCCACCGGCGCCCCGCCGAUGCACGAGCACUCACACCACAUGCACGACGGCGAGAUCAGCAGCAAGGCUAUGGACGAGCCUGCACCACCCGAACCGGCACCCACCCACACACAUUUGACCAAGGAACCGGUGCCCCUUCCCGAGCCGGCCAUCAAGUUCGACAACAUCAAGGACGAGGACUACGGAGAUAACGUUUUGGACAAUACCAAGCCCGCCGACAUUGACAACGAGGCCAUCGCGCAGCUCGUCACUCAAUUCUUGGAGGGACCUGAUAAGAACAAGCCCGGCCCCAAGUUCGCCAAUGAGGCCGCCCAGAAGUUGGUCAACUCCAGCCCCUACUGGCUGGACAAGGGCAUCAAGCCGGCCGGAUCGGUCAAGGACCCCGAGGAGGCCAAGAUGUGGCUCGAUGGGUAUUAUCUGGAGGCGCAGAAGGUUUUGUACCAGGUCACCACCGCCGGGUGGCACUACUUCACCUCGAUCUCGGGAGACUCGAGGAAGGCACUAGCUGAGGCUCAGGACGUCAUGUCCCGUUUCGUCCGCUCCACCUCCAUGCAGGCCAAGCAGUUCGACAGCUCGGUGAUGCCGGAAGAGAUGCAACGCCAGCUGAACUACGUCUCCUUCGAGGGAAUGAGCGCGUUGAGCGAGAAGGAUCAUCAGGCGUACACUUCAGCCCAAGAUCACGUCAACCAGCAAGUCUCCGAGACGGUCACUUGCGAGAAGGACAUCAAGCCUUGCGGACUCAAGAAGAGCGACAUCUCCUCCAUGUUCACCGCCGACAAGGACGCCGAGCACCUCAAGUACCUGUGGACGGCGUGGAUCAAGAACGUCGCCAGGCUGAAGCCCCAGUACAAGAAGCUGCUGGAUUUGAGCAACACUGCCGCCAAGCUCAACGGGUUCGCCGACGGUGGCGCGAUGUGGCGCAGCGCUUUCGACCUCUCGAACAAGAACACCCCACCCAAGUUUGACCUGAAGGUGAAGGCCCAGGAGAUUUACGACAAGGUCAAGCCGUUCUACCAGCAGCUCCACGCCUACAUGCGUCGCCAAAUCGCUGGCAUCUACAAGAACCCCGCCGGGCUCACCAAGGACAGACCGAUUCCUGCGCAUCUUUUCGGAAGCACUGAAGGAGGCGAGUGGGCCAACCACUACGACCAGACGAAGCCCAACUUCGAGGACGACCCCGUUUCAUCGGAGAUUCUCGAGGCCAUGCAGGCACAGAACUACACUUCUAAGACCAUGUUCAUCAAGGCCUACCGCUACAUGAAAUCUGUUGGGUUCCCGUCACUCCCGAAGACAUUCUGGACAAGCUCCGUGUUCCAACGUGUCUGGUCAAAGGAUAUGCUCUGCGACCCGGCCGCCGCUUUCGAUAUGCGUGACGGAAAGGACUUCAGAGUGAAGGCCUGCGCCCAGAUCGGCGAGCCCGACUUCAAGCUGGCCCAUUCUCUGUUGGCUCAGGUCUACUACCAAUACCUCUACAGGACCCAAGCAGGAGCUUUCAGGGAAUCCGCCAGUCCUUCCAUCAACGAGGCCAUUGCCGCUGUUUUCGCGCAUCUGGCCUCGAACCCGAACUAUUUGUAUUCUCAGCAACUCCUCAGCCACGAGCACCUCGAGAUCAAGGAGUCCACAAUUGUCAAUAGGCUGUACAAGGAAGCCCUUGAUAACAUCGCCAAAAUUCCGUUUGCCGUCACCGCCGACACGUGGCGAUAUGACAUUCUGGAGGGCAAGACCGACGAUGACAAGUGGAAUGAGGAGUGGUGGAAGUUGAGAGAAACCCUCGAGGGAGUGAAGGCCCCGGAGGAGAAGAUCAUGCCCGCCCAGACCGACGCCUUCAUGCAUACCCAGAUCAACCAGGUCCACUCCCCCGCCAUCCGAAAUCUGAUUUCCUACGUUGCGCAGUUCCAGAUUCUGAAGUCGCUGUGCCCUCCGGAUACGGAAUUGGCCGAGGGCUGCAUCCUCUCCGAAGACACGACCUUCAAACUCCGCGAGACCAUGGCCAAGGGCUCAUCCAUUGACUGGCUGAUGGCCCUGGAGAUGUUGACCGGAAAGGCCGAGCUUGAUGCUCAGCCCCUGCUCGACUACUUCAAGCCGUUGAUCACCUGGCUGGAGAACGCGAACGAGAUCAACCAGGUCUACGUUGGAUGGGAUGGCGAGGGAACGAGGUUCCAGGCUGACGAAAUCCCGGAAAUCCAAUCUGACGGCAAGGUCUCAUCUGGAAUUUUGAGCGAGGACAAAGUGGCCUUCCCUGGAGGUGCAUGUACCAAUGGCGAGGACUGUCUUCUUGAUUCACAUUGCGAUGGAAAGGUUUGCGUCUGCAACGAAGGUCUCUUCACUCUCAAAUUCGACAACACCGUCUCGUGCGUCGCGUCCAACCCAAUGACGAGUGGAUUUAUUGGAGGCGAUGGAGAUUUCAUCGGUGUCAACCUCGUUCCAUCCGAAACCACGACGACCGAGGCCCCGAAGGUGACGACCAGGGUCACCACUUCCCGGCCGAUUACGCGCUCCGCCACCACCGCGUUCGGCUUCGGUUUCUUGAUCGCGCUGCUCUGCGCUCUGUUU